AUGGGGACUGGCUCUAGAAAGUUCCUUUACACACUUUCAGCUGUGGUUCAUUCAAGUUUUGUUUCCUCAAAUAUCUGUCGCUAGUUUGAUCUAUUUACGAUAGUUUUCAAGUGCUAAUUUUAACCAGUCUUUUACCCACAAAAUGCAAAACCCUAACGAAGAUACAGAAUGGAACGAUGCAUUGAGGAGACAUGGAAUUAUCCCAGAAAAACCCAAAGAAGCCGAGAUCUCGGAAGACCAAAUAGUCGAUAUGCUCGAAAAGACGAUCAAACAGAAAUGUACCGAAGGAAAACCGAUCGAAGAUAUGAGUUUAGACGAACUAGAAGCGAUGGAAGAUGAAGAAGAUGAAGCUAUCAUUCAACGAUACAGACAUCAAAGAUUAGCUGAGUUCAAAGCCUUGCAGAAAACAGCGAAGUUUGGGGAUGUCAGAGAAAUCUCCGCUCAGGAUUAUGUUGCUGAGGUAAACCAAGCAGGAGAAGGAGUAUGGGUCGUGCUUCAUCUUUACAAGACUGGUGUACCUUUAUGUACUCUGGUCAACCAAUACCUUGUCCAACUAGCACAAAAGUUUCCAUCUACAAAGUUUUUAAAGAGUGUAUCAACUGUGUGUAUACCAAACUACCCAGAUAAAAAUCUACCAACACUAUUUAUAUACUAUGAGGGUGAUAUGAAAAAGCAGUUUGUUGGACCUUUUGCAUUUGGGGGAAUGAACCUCAAAAAAGAUGUUUUAGAAUGGAUGCUAGCGGAAGCUAAUGCUGUUGUAACAGACCUUGAAGAGGACCCUAGGAAGAAGAAUGCAAUCCAUGACGUGAUGACGUCAUCGUUAAGAGGUCGCGCGCAUGAUUCAGACUCUGAUGACGACUGUUGAAUAAUGAACAUACUUGGCACCCAGAACUCUUUGCGGGCGCUUCAUAAAAGGUCUCUUUUUGCGGCCGAAGAGAGAUAACGCUGGGCCCUCGAGUAUUCUUAAUAGAAAGCUUCUUUUACCAUAACAAUCAUAACUUCGGCCACGCCAAUUUCAAAUUUGAUUUCUCAGAAGUCUCCUGAAUUUUGGCCCUGUUUCUAUGCCCCCGAAAUCUCGCAGUCUUCCGAUUAGAGGGCGAUGCCCCUGCACGCUUUAUUGGUUUUAGACGACAGAAAGGGGACUGCGCUGACUAGCCCCAGGCGUUCUUAUAGGGUUUCCUGUGCUUGAGGUGAACCGUGAGGAAAUGCUGGAUCUGGAACGAGCUGUUCCCUGUGACGUCACACUUUCGACAACCAACCACAGGAGGCCCGGUCAUAACGCCUUAGGCUAAGUACUGUGAUAUCACCAUGCUGUGUCGCCUUCUUGAGCCCCAACCACAAAAAAGAUGGUUAAGAUAGUUAUUAAAAAAUAAAUUAUCAUGUCGUA